AUGGUCCAGUCACUGAAAGGAGGCACCUCCAUGACCUCGGUCGCUAGACCAGGCACACGGGACACGAACAGACCGACCACCAGAGAACAGACAGUCGACAAUGCUAUGGUCCCCAGCAGGACCUCGUCACUGCAUUCGCGCAUCACACAGCCAAUGCCUUCUACAUUGGCCAAAUCUAACAACAGACCGACACCCAAAACCCUGACUCAUGCCUACAUGGUGUGUGGUGUUGGCCGUGAGCCAUCCCAAUGGGUCAAGGCCCCUGCACCUGCACAUGGCAAGAUCCAGCACAUGAAGGGCGCUGUGGGCCAGUUCUGGCUCCCUGAGAUUCUUGGCAGCAGUCCUCGUUUGGAGUCAGACAACGAGAUCGCACGGGCUCUGCACGGAGCAAUGAGGGCCUGCUUUCCCCACGACGUGGAAAUUUGCACUGGACGCAGCCAGCCCCAUUGCGUUCACCAUUCAUUUGUGCUGCAGCAAGAUUCUCAGCACACUCUCUACGGCAUCGCCCUCCGUGUCUGGUCUAGGGCCGAUGAGAAGCGAGCGGAGACCAUCCGCGAGCUGCGCCGGAAAACCGAAGCCGACUAUAGAGACGCCGCAGAUGAGACCUACUGGAUCCCAUACUGCUUGAGCUUCUUGUCCCGCUAUCCUUUGUACAAUCUACUCGGCGACUACCUACGUGGAAUGUGGAUUCACUGGAACAAGGCUACGAAUCUGUUCCACGCUGAGGAGGUCUCUCGUAUCCUUAGCUUCCCGGCGCCUAGGCUCAACGACCUCGUGCGAAUCGAUAUGAAGGACUAUGCUCUGUGCUAUCAAUUUCCUUCGUCACCCACCGGCUUCCAGAACUUCGCCAUGUGGCCACUCUUCAGCUGCCUGACCAUGCCUAAUAUUGUUGGCGUUAUCGAGGCCGCAGUGUCUCCCACCAGACGCAUCAUCCUUACCAGCCACCAUCCCGCCAUGCUGACUAUCGCUGCGGAAACCAUUCGCUUCUGCGUCCGGGUAUACGAAUGGAGUGGCCUCUAUGUCCCUGUGGUUCAUGCUCGUAACGUCAGCGAGAUGGUUCAGGAACCCGGCCCUUAUAUCCUGGGCAUUACCACUGAGUGCCGAUCUCUGUUUCAACCACCCAAAGAUGCCCUAUUAGUCGACCUUGACCGCAACCUGGUCAUCACCGAUCACCCACCUAACAUCCUCAGCACCAAACAACGCCAGAAGAUGGUCACUCGCCUCACUCAAGCCCUCAACCACGAUGUUGAGAUCAGCGGUGUUCCUCAGCAUCUCAAGUCUGCCUAUGGUGGUGGCAAGCUCAUUCCGGCGGGUCAGAUCAUUGUGCUCAGAGGUGAAGUUGAGUCGGUGCAAGAUCCUUCGUGGUGGAACCAGGACUCGGUCAUGGCUGUCAUGGACCACGUCUGCGAAAAGCUUGGACGCAACACGGGACUCAAGGCUGUCUUCGGCGGCUCGACCAAGAAGCCAUUGAUGACCAAGAUCUCGAUGAGACACAUGAACGAAAUCGUGCGCGAGCGCAACCAGUACUCGCGGGAUGCUCUGGAGGCGUGGCAGGAUUUCAUCAACCUCAAGGGCCGUAUGGACACGGAGCUGCAGAAGGUGUCGAAGCGCAACAACUAUCUCGAACAGGAGGUCGAGACAUGGAAGCUACAGUUCCAGAAGUUCCAGGCCUUUGUCGAGUCUCUCAACAAGGAGCUCGCCGAGCUGCGUGUCAAGAUCGAGUCGCACAAGCGGGAGAACCGCCGUCUGACCGGGCUGAUCGAUCAGCAAAAGGACGAUGCUGCGCGCCUCACCCUCCGUCUGUCUGGCACCGAGAGACAGCGCGACAAUGCUCUCGAGGCUUUGGUCCUGCAACAGGGUAUCGCCGAAGACCUAGAGAAGGAGCGCACCCGCAACCGCAAGGAGAUCGCUGCUCUCCAGCACGCCAACUCUGGUCUGCAACAUCAACGCGACGAGGCACACCGGGUUGUGCUUCACCUACGCAGUCUCAUCACCGGCCAGACGCAUCACAUGGAACACAUUGUGCGCUCGAUCGGGUCGUCUGCAGAGCUGCAAGAGUACAUCCGAGACGGCUACGGAGAUAUCGAGGACGAAGAGUAUGACGACGAGGAGAUGGAGCCAGAUACGUCUCGCUUCUCGUCUGUGACCCAAGACGGUCAAGAUGUCAGCCCACAGAUGGAGAAGCAGCUGCUGGCCGCAGAUAAACGCCGCAGCAAGCGCUACAGCACUCUCAGCAUGACGGACGUGGCGGACCGCCAUCUACGCGAGAAGACGGAUGCCAUCGCCGACAUCAUUCGCAACAUCAGCGAGCAGUGUGCCGCCGCGGUUGAAGGACUGCAGCUGGCCAAUGACGCGGCGGAGAUUGAUGGCGAGGAAGAGCUUGAAGAAGACACCAGCUCGGCCCCUGGCCACAGUCGCGACGUCAGCGCGGACAGCGCCGACCUGUCUCCCGCUGCCCAUGCCACGGCUUCGCGGAAUGGCACUGGCCACCUGACGCCGACGAGCGAGCGGAGUUCCAUUCCUCCCACCCCCGACCUAGUGCACCAGAGGUCGAGCACAGCACUUUCGAUGGCCAGCACAGCACCUACGAACUACACUGCGCGCGAGUCGCUCAACCAGAGCACCGGGCUUCGUACCAAGAUUGUGGAAGACGAGGAUGCAGAGCGUGUGCACGCCAGUGGCAGUGACAACGGUGAAGCCAUCGAGAAAAAGUAUCAAGCCUCGCCCAAUCGCCGGGAACCAGCACUGAGCCGCGUCAUUGAGUCGCAGUAG